AUGAUUUCAGUUGAACGAGUAUCAAGAAAUAUGAAAGAACCUGAGAAGAUAGUUACAUCUAUGGUAUCUUCGCCAUCUAACGCUUCCACAUCAAAUCAAAAAACACAAGAACCUGAAGCAGGAAUAACGCAAAAAAGAUCACCAAAGGUAGGGGGAAGUCGUUCAGGUUCUAAAGAAGACCAUAUAUUAAGUAAAGAACGCGCAUAUAUACGGAAAACUAUUGGAGAUUGGCAGUUGGGAAAAACAUUAGGAUCAGGAAGUAUGGGGAAGGUUAAAGUUGUAACUCAUAUGACUACAAAUGAAAUUGCAGCGGUAAAAAUUAUUCCGCGGCCAUUUUCACAGGGAAUAUCAAUUACAUCUCAGAAUGUGGAUUAUGGAAAGGAGAUUCGUACGAUUCGUGAGAUUGCAAUAUCAAGUUUACUUCAACAUCCAUAUAUAUGUACGCUACGAGAUGUAAAAAUACAGCCGAAUCAUUAUUAUGUAUUUUUUGAAUAUAUUAAUGGAGGACAAAUGUUAGAUUAUAUUAUUUCUCAUGGAAAAUUAAAAGAAAAACAAGCACGAAAAUUUGCACGACAAAUUGGUUCAGCUUUGGAUUAUUGUCAUCGGAAUUCUAUUGUUCAUCGAGAUCUUAAGAUCGAAAAUAUUCUUAUAUCAAAAGAAGGGGAUAUUAAGAUGAUCGAUUUUGGAUUAUCGAAUUUAUAUUCACCACAUUCUCAACUCUCUACAUUUUGUGGAUCGCUUUAUUUUGCAGCACCAGAACUUUUAAAUGCUAAAGCGUAUACUGGUCCAGAAAUUGAUAUAUGGAGCUUUGGAGUGGUUCUUUAUGUUCUUGUUUGUGGAAAAGUUCCAUUUGAUGAUCAAAAUAUGCCGGCUCUUCAUGCGAAAAUCAAGCGUGGGCAUGUUGAAUACCCAUCUUGGCUUACUAUUGAAUGCAAACAGCUUCUAUCAAGAAUGCUUGUAACAAGUCCGAGUCAACGUGCUACUCUUUCAGAGAUUUUAAAUCAUCCAUGGAUGACACGAGGCUAUGAUUGUCCACCAAAUAAUUACCUUCCUCCACGAUUUCCAAUCACGUUUCCUUUGGAUAUGGAAAUUAUUCGUCGAAUGACAGGAUUCGAGUUUGGUAAUGAACAAACCAUUCUUGCAAAAUUAACAAAUAUUCUUGAAUCGGAAGGAUAUCGAAAACUUGUCAAAGCAUAUUAUAGCCAACCGCAGGAUACACAUGUUUUAUCCUUAUUAAUGGAUAAAAAGAAAAACUUUUUUGAUUUUUACAAACGCAAAAUCUCGAGUUCACCAUCCAGUUCAUCUUUCACGCCCGAUGUAAAUCAGCAUCCACCUAAGACUAAACCUAUUUAUAUUGACGCCUAUCAUCCAUUAAUUUCUAUUUAUUAUCUUGUCAAGGAGAAAAUAGAACGGGAAAAGAAAUGCAAUUAUCAAGAUUCUUAUAUUCAUGGAAAUGAUCAUUAUGAAACUUCGAAUUCUUGCACUCCAAUUAAUACGAAUUUAAGCCUAUUAGAUUAUAAAAAUUAUCAUAGCACGAUACCACCAAUAAGAAAACAAUCAUUUGCUCCACGAGCACGAGCAAGAACAUAUGACGAAAAAGAAGUAGCUAAAGCAAUUAAAAACAUUUCACCCAUAUCACCAAAUACUGUUGAUAAUCAUAGAUUGAUUAAAGAAUCAAAAGAAAAAAAUUUCAAGAUUUUUCGACGAUUUAGUUCUAAGAGAAUUAAAAAGCAUUUUUCAAGUCCUACAUCAAUUCUUCCUUCUUUGAUACCAGUAGAAUUAUUAACAUCACCUCCUAAAUCUUUAUCAAAUAAAUAUUCACAUGAUCUGGAAUUUUUACAAGAAACAGAUGCAAAAAUACAGUUAAACAAUCAUUUUUCAAAUGGGACUAAUUUAAAACGAUCCAUCUCAGUUAAUGAUAAUGCGUAUUUAUCCAAACAUAUAUCUCCUCCUCCACCUAUACAUAAUCCUUCUAUCUCAAAAAUCUAUUUAAAGGAUUUAAAAAAAAAUACCGCUAUGGAAAAUGGGAUACAACCUUCACCAAGAUCAUCAAAUAUUGCAUCCACUUUUAGUUUCAAAGGGAGUCGCACAAAAUCCCUAGGGCAUACAAACAGCGAAGUUUUACGAAAAGAAAAAAAAUGCCAAAGACAAUCUUCUGUUUUGGUUAAACGUAAUUCACCCACCACUCCAGUGAACUCAAAUAAAUAUAUUUCUAACCAUGCUUGUCAACCUUUAAAUUCUACUCAACCUUCACAUGAAGUAACAGUAAAAUCUGGAUUUUUAAAGGGAAUAUUUAGUGUUUCUACUACAACUUCAAAACCUCCACAUAUUAUUAAAAGUGAUUUGAUUCGUAUUCUAAAUUGUUUAAAUAUUUCAUUUCGCGAUAUCAAGGGCGGUGUUUUUUGUAUUUAUCAGCCAAGUAUUAAUCUAAAAGAUCUUAUAAAUAACACAGUAGAACCAAAUCAUCAUGUCUUUACUCCUAUAACACAUUUAAAAAGGUCUAUAUCUUUACAUAAAAUGAAUUUUGAAAAAAAAAAAACUGGAAUAGAUAUUCAUUCAUAUACUGUUGCAAGCGAAUCUGAUGAUUCUUUUGAUAAUGGAAAAAAUAAACAUACAAAUUUUACAAUACAAUUCGAAAUAUAUAUUGUUAAAGUACCUUUAUUUGCAUUACACGGUUUACAAUUUAAACGUGUAGGGGGAAAUGCCUGGCAAUAUCGUUCACUAGCAAGUCGAAUUAUAGCUGAAAUGAAAUUAUAA